AUGGUGAAAGGUAACCACAGCAUCCCUUGCUACCAAUUCAAGAAGGAUGUCCAUCCUCUCUUCAAGACGUGGCUGAACCAACCCGCCCGCAAGCAGCGCAGACGGCUUGCCCGCCAGAAGAAGGUCGCCGCCGCCGGACUUGCGCCCAUCAAUAAACUCCGUCCCAUUGUCCAAUGCUGCUCCCAAAAGUACAACUUCCGCCCCAGGGCCGGCCGAGGAUUCACUGUGGAGGAGCUCAAGGCUGUCGGACUCACUGCCGCCCGCGCUCGCACCAUCGGCAUCUCCAGUGACGUACGCCGCGUAAACAAGAACCAAGAGGGCUUCGACAGAAACGUUGAAAGGUUGAAGGAAUACAUGAGCAAACUGGUCGUCUUCCCCCGAAAGGCCAGCAAACCCAGACCCGCCGCCAAUGGUGUCCCUGCUGACACUCUCCAGGCCGACGUCAAGGACAAGAAAUUUACCUACAAAAUCGACAACAAGAUCAGAUUCAACAGAUCUGUCGUCGUCAACUAA